GGCAGCAGCGGAAAGCACAUGGGUGGUGUUGGUGAGGCUUGGCUUGGCCACCGGUUAUAUGUGUUUCGACGUGGUGUUGGGAUCCCUUUUUUCAUUUAAAGUGAGACUAGAACGAACAAGAUGUUCUAUGCGACUGGGUACUAUGGGCUUAUGAUGACUUAUGACGCCUUGGGGGUGGGGUAGUCUGGCGAGAAAUAGAUGAAGAGUGAGAAUAGAUGGGUUGGUGAUGAAAUUUAGGGACCAAAAAAAUGGAUAUCCCUCCAAUGACAUGGAACGAUGCAGUGAACCAUGCUGAGAUGUCGUUCAGUAUAAGUAUCUGACAGGUGCCAUGUUGUAAGAACCAUCGCAAUCACUAGCAUUCGAUACCAACCAGUACAUUCGCUUCUCCAACUUUUUACUUUCACUUCUUUUGAACAUAUUCACCCUCUUCUCUACAACAUGAAGCCUGUUGCUCUUUUCGCUUUGCUUGCGCCCCUGGGGGCCAAUGCCCACUACAUCUUCAACCGCCUCAUCGUCAACGGUGCGGCUGUCGGUGGCGACUAUGCUUACACCCGUAAGAACACCAACUCCUACAUGCCGUCGUUCCCCAACGAGGUCAUCAACUCUCCCGACCUGAGGUGCAACAAGGGCGCCAAAGCCGGAGGAGUUCCCACCUACAACGUCAAGGCUGGUGACAAGCUCGGCUUCAAGCUCUUCAACAAUGAGAAGAUUGAGCACCCUGGUCCAGGCUUCGUCUACAUCUCCAAGGCACCUGGCAAGGUUGCUGAUUACGACGGCUCCGGUGACUGGAUCAAGGUCAUGGAGAGCGGCCUCAUCAACCCCAGCCAGCCCGGCGUGGACACUGCUUGGGACAGCUGGCAGAAGGACCGCCUCGAGUGGACCGUUCAGCAGAACAUUCCUGCUGGUGAGUACCUCGUCCGUGUCGAGCACAUCGCCAUCCACGAGGGCCACGUCGGCAAGGCUCAGUUCUACAUGGAGUGCUUCCAGCUCAACAUUGCGUCUUCCGGCAAGGGCAACCUUUCUCCCAAGGUCAAGAUUCCCGGUGUCUACAGUGCUCAGGACCCCGGCAUUGCGUUCAACAAGUGGAACAACCCCAAGUCGUACACGAUGCCCGGCCCCAAGAUGUGGAACGGACAGUAA